AUGUCUGGUCGCGGUAAAGGAGGGAAGGGUCUGGGGAAAGGCGGCGCCAAGCGCCACAGGAAGGUGCUCCGGGACACAACAUCCAGGGCAUCACCAAACCCGCCAUCCGACGUUUGGCCCGCAGAGGGGGAGUCAAGCGCAUCUCCGGCCUCAUCUAUGAGGAGACCCGCGGAGUGCUGA